AUGAAGGUCGCGGUCAUUGGCGCAGGAAUUUCUGGUCUUGCAGCUGCCAAAUACUGCAAAAAAGCAAAUUUUUCGGUGGAUUGUUUUGAACAAACCAACAAAAUUGGCGGAACUUGGGUUUAUAAUGAAAACACAGAAACAGACAAACACGGAUUACCAAUUCACUCGGCCAUGUACAAAAAUUUGACGAUCAACAAGCCACAAUUGAACAUGAUGUAUCACGAUUAUCCUUUAGUUGAUCCCGGAAAAUCAUAUGUUACAGCGGAUAAAAUUCUGGAAUAUCUUGAAAAUUACGUCGAUCACUUUGGAUUUCGAGAUUGCAUUAAAUUUGAGCAUCUAGUGAUGAAUGUCGAGCCAUUUGAGGACCAGAAAUGGCGAAUUUCAUACAAGAAUUUGUCGAAAAAUGAACAAAAAAGUGAAAUUUACGACGCAGUCUUUGUCUGCAAUGGAAAAUAUUUUAAUCCGCUGAUCCCAAAAAUUAAAGGAAUCGAAAAUUUCAAAGGAAAAAUCAUGCACAGCCAUAAAUAUCGCAUGCCAGAACCUUUUACAGGGCAAAAAAUAUUGACAAUCGGGGCGGGACCCUCUGGAAUUGACAUCACAAGAGAUUUAAGUGCAGUUGCAGCUUUUGUCGGCUUCAGUCAUCAUGGCUCGAUUUAUCUUGCAACCGGAAAAGAUGAUUUUGAUGCUAAUGUCAUGCAAUUUCCUGAUGUUGAACAAGUUUUAGAAGAUGGAAAAGUUCGUUUUCUCAACGGGGAUGUUCAUGAAUUUGAUGCCAUGAUUUUUUGCACUGGUUAUAAUGUUUCCUUUCCUUUUUUGUCGCCCAAAUGUGACAUAAAAGUCGAUGACAAUCACAUAACGGAACUUUAUUUGCAUAUGAUUAACAUCAACCAUCCAACAAUGUUCAUCAUUGGAGUCAAUUUUGCAACGUUAAUUGUUCCUUUGAUCGAUUUGCAGAUUAGAUUUUGCUUGAAAACGCUUACAGGAGCUCUAAAAUUGCCAUCCACGGAGGAGAUGGGUCACGCCAUGAACGAAGAUAUUGAAGAACGUCGAGCUUUGGGCUACAAAAAACGAAAAAUGCAUGAAUUGGGAGCGAAAUUUAUGAGACCUUACAUGAACGAGCUGGUAACUAAAGCGAAUAUUGCUCCUAUUCGUCCCGUGAUCUUCGAAAUUUAUUACCGCAGACAACAUUUGAUGCAGCAUGACUUGAGAAAUUACAAAAAAUACGAUUACCUGAUCAUAGAUGAUAAUAAUUUCAUCGAAACUCGCCAAAAAGAUUAUUAA